CUCUGUAAACAAAGGAAUCACAAUGGAAUAUAUGCUGUAACUGGAAAAAUGGUGGUGUGGUUGGGUACACGCGCUGUGGUGUGCAAGGAGGUAGUGUUAGUGGUGGCAGUGAGGCACCACCGUCAUAUUUGAGGGGGGUUAGGUGAGUUAAUGUUUGAUUAACCGUGGUUAAGGAUGUUGGAGUUCACUGUGCUGGGGUAGUCAUGUCAUCACACAUCACUGAGAUAGAGACAUAGUGUGUGUGAGUUUGAGGAGAGGGAGAGAAUCAAGUUCUUUGUAUAAAGACAUCCAAUUUGUCGUUUGUUGGAUGUAAGAGGCAAAAAAUAUCACCAUGAAAUUUCUGUUUUUUGUAGACAAAAGUAAAAGAAAAGGGAUUCCCAGUUGACGCCAUAGCUCACUAAGGUGAGUGUGUGUGUGUUGUGACUGAGAAGGGAAAAGAAAGAAGAAUCUUUGGUGUCUGUCUCAUCUCUCAACUCACCCCCCCCCCCUCUCUCCUGUAUUUUUCAAGGGUAGGAUUUUCUUCGUUGCUGUUGUGAAAAGCUUCUUCCUUUCUUUCUUCUUCUGUUCAUUCUUCUUUUUUGCUAGUUUAGCCUCUUUUGAACUUCUAGUGCAUCAAUGGAAGAUGGGCUAAUCGUGCAUUUUUAUGUAUCUUAAUGUCUGGAUCCAUUUAAGUGUUCACGCAGCCACCCUUAACAUUUUCUGUUGCUAGAUGAUUUUCAUUUUCGGGACUGUGAAGAAUCAAUAUAAGCCUGCCUCUACACCUUGUCCACCAAAGGUCAUUUGGCCAUCAACAAAAUGGUUUCGAGGUCAUAUUCUAACUUGUUAGAUCUUACUUCGUGUGAUGCCCCAACUUUUGGUCGUGAGAAGAAAAGGCUCCCUCGAGUGGCAACUGUUGCUGGAGUACUGUCUGAACUAGAUGAUGAGACCAGUAUCAGUGCUGGCUCUGAUACACCAUCCUCAGUUUCUCAAGAGAGGAUGAUCAUUGUUGGUAACCAGCUUCCAUUAAGGGCACACAGAAAAGACAAUGGUACAUGGGAGUUCACUUGGGAUGAAGACUCACUUCUUUUGCAGCUGAAAGAUGGUCUUGGAGAUGAUGUGGAAACUAUCUAUAUUGGUUGUCUUAAAGAAGAGAUUGAGCCGAGUGAGCAAGAUGAUGUUGCUCAGUACUUGCUUGACACUUUCAAAUGUGUGCCCACGUUCCUUCCUCCAGAACUUUUUAGUAAAUUCUAUCAUGGAUUCUGCAAGCAACAUCUAUGGCCUUUAUUUCACUACAUGCUUCCACUGUCACCUGAUCUUGGUGGUAGAUUUGAUAGGUCCCUUUGGCAAGCUUAUGUUUCUGUGAACAAGAUAUUUGCAGAUAAAGUGAUGGAAGUCAUUAGCCCUGAUGAUGACUUUGUGUGGGUUCAUGACUACCAUCUGAUGGUACUUCCAACGUUUUUGAGAAAGAGAUUUAAUAGGGUGAGGCUAGGAUUCUUCCUCCAUAGUCCAUUUCCUUCCUCUGAGAUAUACCGAACCCUUCCUGUUAGGGACGAACUUCUUAGAGCUCUUCUGAAUUCUGACCUUAUUGGGUUUCAUACUUUUGAUUAUGCCAGGCAUUUCCUCUCCUGUUGCAGUAGAAUGCUUGGGAUUUCUUAUCAAUCCAAGCGGGGCUACAUUGGUCUUGAGUACUACGGAAGAACUGUAAGCAUUAAGAUUCUUCCUGUUGGUAUUCACAUAGGUCAGCUCCAAUCAGUCAUGAGUCUUCUUGAGACAGAAAACAAGGUUGCAGAGUUACAAAACCAGUUCAGAGGUCAAACUGUGCUGCUUGGUGUCGAUGACAUGGAUAUCUUCAAAGGUAUCAGCUUAAAGCUUUUGGCCAUGGAACAAUUGCUUUUACAACAUCCUGAUAAAAGGGGCAAAGUUGUCCUGAUCCAAAUUGCGAACCCAGCAAGAGGCCGGGGAAAGGAUGUACAGGAGGUACAGAGUGAAACUUAUGCCACAGUGAAGAGGAUAAAUGAUUCAUUUGGAAGGUCAGGAUACACACCUGUAGUCUUGAUUGAUACACCGCUUCAGAGUUACGAGAGAAUUGCUUAUUACAUAAUUGCAGAAUGUUGUCUUGUUACAGCAGUGAGAGAUGGGAUGAACCUGAUACCCUAUGAAUAUGUCAUUUGUAGACAAGGAAGUGAAAAGAUAGAUGAGAUUUUAGGGAUCAACCCAUUGACCCAAAAGAAAAGCAUGCUUGUGGUGUCUGAGUUCAUUGGGUGUUCCCCUUCAUUAAGUGGGGCAAUUCGAGUGAAUCCAUGGAAUAUUGAUGCCGUUGCUGAAGCUAUGGAUUCUGCCCUGAUGGUCCCGGAGGCUGAAAAGAAGAUGCGGCAUGAAAAGCAUUACAGGUAUGUUAGCACACAUGAUGUUGCAUAUUGGGCACGUAGCUUCUUGCAGGAUCUGGAAAGGGCGUGUAGAGAUCAUCUCAGGAGGAGAUGCUGGGGAAUUGGUUUUGGUUUAGGGUUCCGAGUCAUUGCUCUGGAUCCAAACUUUAGAAAGCUAUCCGUGGAACAUAUUGUUUCAGCUUAUAAGAGGACUAAGCACCGAGCAAUUCUUUUGGAUUACGACAGUACUAUGGUGCAGCCUGGAUCAGUGAGUACAACACCUAAUGCAGAAGCUGUUGGCAUCUUAAAUAGCCUGUGCAGGGACACCAAGAACAUUGUUUUCAUUGUAAGUGGAAAGGAGAGAAAGACUCUUACUGAAUGGUUUUCUCCUUGCGAAAGGCUGGGCAUCGCUGCAGAGCAUGGCUAUUUUGUGAGGACAAAUCAAAAUGCAGAAUGGGAAGCUUGUAUUUCUGUACCAGAUUUCGACUGGAAACAGAUUGCCGAGCCAGUUAUGCAGUUAUAUAUGGAAACAACUGAUGGUUCUAACAUAGAGACCAAAGAGAGUGCUCUUGUUUGGAAUUACGAGUUUGCAGACCGAGAUUUUGGUUCAUGCCAGGCCAAGGAGCUUUUUGAUCACCUGGAAAGUGUUCUUGCCAAUGAGCCUGUUUCAGUUAAAAGUGGUCCAAACAUUGUGGAAGUUAAACCUCAGGGUGUGAGUAAAGGUAUUGUAGCAGAACGUCUUCUCUUAACGAUGCAAAAAAAGGGAGUGAUUCCAGAUUUUGUUCUGUGCAUUGGGGAUGACAGAUCAGAUGAGGACAUGUUUGGGGUGAUAAUGAGUGCAAGAGCAUCACUGUCUCCAGUUGCUGAGGUGUUUCCAUGCACAGUUGGUCAGAAACCAAGCAAGGCCAAGUAUUACUUGGAAGACACGAGUGAGAUUUUGAGAAUGUUGCAAGGUCUUGCCAAAGCUUCUGAGCAAUCUGCUAGAAGCUCUGCUCAAUCUUCUCAUUAAUGAUUUUUCAAUCUGUGGGACGCAUACUAUUGUAUUGUAUUCAAUGUAUUUGUCUAUACCGUGAUAUCAUGUGCUAUAUUUCUUGGUCUAUUUAAUUUGCUUGCUCAGUUGCCUUCAUUUAUUGGUCUCUGUUUUCUUGGCUACAAAGUGAUAUCCCAACGCUAUUGCAACUACCAAUAGUUUGUUUCGAAAGUUGAUGAAUUACGUGGAGUAUUUAUUGCUCUCUGUCUCCACUAAUGUUUCGGACCAAUUUUAUGUAUCAUAACGUGAUUCGUUUUUAUGUAAAUUUUUCAGCCAAUACUUAGAACCGAGUUAGUUCUAAGUCUUGUUGAAAUCAUUCACAAAUUAAUUCCGUC